AUGUCCCUCGCGCACCAUGCGCUCAAGUCCUUGACCCUGUCCGGCUUCGGCACACGCCAGCAAGACUUAUUGUUUCGAUCAACCUCGCAUCGCACCAUGCCGACGUACGUUCUGACGGGGGCAAACCGAGGCCUCGGUCUCGAAUUCGUGCGCCAAAUCUCCUCGGACAGCGCCAACACCGUCAUCGCCGCCGUGCGCAGUCUGCAAGGCGAGCUGGACGACCUCAAGCAGCUCGCCUCGACGGCCGCGGGCACGGUGCACAUCCUGGAGUGCAACACCGGCGACCUGCAGUCGAUCCGCGCCUUUGGCGACGCCGUCAAGCAGCCCCUGGCCGGCAGCGGCGGCGGCAGCAAGCAGAUCGACUAUCUCCUCAACAACGCGGGCAUCAACGCCACCCCGGAGCAGAGCAGCCUGGACAUGACGGCCGAGAGUCUGCGGAACCACAUCGACGUCAACGUCAUGGGCCCGGCCGAGACGGUCAAGGUCCUGCUGCCGUAUCUGGGCCAGGGCAGCGUGGUGAUGAACAUGACCAGUGGCCUGGGCAGCUGUGGGAAGAAACUACCAAAGUGCACGACAUACUCCAUCUCCAAGGCCGCGGUGAACAUGUUGACGGUGCAUCAGAGCGAGCAGUUGAAAGACCGCGGCAUCAAGGCCAUCUGCAUGGAUCCCGGGUGGGUCAAGACGCGAAUGGGCGGCGAGGGCGCGAUCUUGGAGCCCGACGUCAGCAUUGGAGGAAUGCUGAAGACCCUGCAUGGACUGAAGGACUCGGAUACAGGGAAAUUCUAUACAUACACGGGUGACGAAGUGCCGUGGUAAAGUGGCUGUUCACGUCGUGAGACGAGCCCCGAAAUCCUCCUCUAUGAUAUAUCUCCGCGGGCGGAGUAGACAUAUAGAUAUAUACAUAUAUAGAGAGAGUGUGUGUAUGUGUGUGGUCACCGGGUAGAGAAAACAUCUCUCCUAUUUCCACAUCUUCUCAAGAUUUCUCAACAAUAGAUACACGCACUGUGGGGAGAACGCCAGCACGCUGAGUUGUGGGCACGUCUGC